GGCCCAGAAGUGGGACUCCACCUUUUGUAGCUGCUCCAUGAACACCACCAACAAACUUGAAUGGUUUUUCACUACUAUACAAGCUGUCACUUGGAUGCUGAUAUGUAAAGCAAAAUGGCUAAAAUCAACACCCAGCAUUCCUACCCUGCUAUGCACAGGCUGUCUAUUAGGACCACUGAUGAAGACAUUGAAAGAAUUGAAAAUGGCUUUAGCAGGACCCAUUCACUGUGUGAGGACACUUGUUCAGAAUUGCAGAGAGUCAUUUCCAUGGAGACAAGAGGCCUGUCUGAAUCCCGCAGGAGCUCAUUCACAGGCACUGGUGCAAUGGCUAGGUUAUCCCGUUUCAUCUUAUCACUGAGAUCAUGGGCGACACGACAUUUGCAUCAUGAAGACCAAAGGCCAGAUUCUUUCCUUGAACGUAUCCGAGAGCCAGAGCUCAAAGAGGUAUCCAGCAGGGAAAGUAACACUCAUUCCAAUUUGAGCAACUAUGAGCAGCCAGGCAAAGUGAAAAAGAAGAAAAAGGAGAUCUUUGUGAUUGAUCCUUCAAGCAACCUGUACUAUAGGUGGCUGACCAUAAUCGCAACCCCAGUAUUCUAUAACUGGUGUAUGCUAGUGUGCAGAGCCUGUUUUGAUGAGCUACAAACUAAACAUAUUAUAUUAUGGGUGGUCUUGGACUAUAGCUCAGAUAUCAUCUACAUACUGGACACAUUCGUCAGAUUCAGGACAGGCUUUCUUGAACAAGGAUUACUAGUCCAAGAUGAAAAGAAACUAAGACUACAUUACACUACUACCGUACAGUUCAGAUUAGAUAUGCUCUCUCUUUUACCAACAGACCUGGCAUAUUUAAAACUUGGGUUGAACUACCCUGAACUACGGUUUAACCGCUUGCUGAGGUUUGCCAGGUUAUUUGAGUUUUUUGACCGCACAGAAACCAGGACAAACUAUCCAAAUAUGUUUCGGAUUGGAAAUCUUGUCUUGUACAUUCUUAUCAUCAUCCACUGGAAUGCAUGCAUAUAUUUUGCAAUUUCAAAGGUUAUUGGGUUUGGAACUGACUCCUGGGUCUAUCCCAAUGUGUCCCAUCCAGAAUAUGGACGUCUGUCCAGAAAGUAUAUUUACUGUUUGUAUUGGUCAACUCUGACACUGACGACAAUUGGAGAAACACCGCCUCCUGUGAAAGAUGAAGAGUAUCUCUUUGUGGUCAUUGACUUCUUGGUAGGUGUGCUGAUCUUCGCUACUAUUGUUGGUAACGUAGGCUCUAUGAUUUCCAACAUGAAUGCCUCCAGGGCAGAUUUCCAGGCCAAAAUUGAUUCCAUAAAACAGUAUAUGCAUUUCCGAAAGGUGACAAAGGAUUUGGAGGCCAGGGUCAUUAAGUGGUUUGAUUACCUUUGGACCAAUAAGAAAACAGUAGAUGAGAAGGAAGUUCUUAAAAACCUGCCUGACAAACUUAAGGCUGAAAUUGCUAUCAAUGUCCAUCUGGACACGCUAAAGAAAGUGCGUAUCUUCCAGGAUUGUGAAGCUGGGCUUCUUAUUGAGCUGGUGCUGAAGCUGAGACCUACAGUCUUUAGUCCUGGAGAUUACAUUUGCAAAAAGGGGGAUAUUGGGAGAGAAAUGUACAUCAUUAAGGAGGGGAAGUUGGCUGUGGUGGCAGAUGAUGGCAUAACACAGUUUGUUGUCCUAAGCGAUGGCAGCUACUUUGGAGAAAUCAGCAUCUUAAACAUCAAAGGUAGCAAAUCUGGUAACAGACGGACAGCCAACAUCAGGAGCAUUGGUUAUUCCGAUCUGUUCUGUUUGUCCAAAGAUGAUUUGAUGGAAGCCCUCACUGAAUAUCCUGAUGCCAAAAAGGCAUUGGAAGAGAAAGGGCGGCAAAUUCUGAUGAAAGACAAUUUAAUAGAUGAGGAGGCGGCAAAAGCAGGAGCUGACCCUAAAGACUUGGAAGAAAAAGUAGAAAGACUUGAAAGCACUCUGGACAAUCUACAGACUAGGUUUGCUAGGCUCAUGGCAGAAUACAACUCAACCCAACUCAAAGUAAAGCAGAGACUCACCAAAGUGGAAAACAAAAUGAAGAAAUAUGGAAGUGGCUUCUUAUCUGACGGAGGGGAAGAAUCUAUAAAAACUGAAGAAGUGGAGAAAAAGAAUUAAUAGUUCAUUUAUAUUUACUCAUUUAAUCUAGAAUAUUUCAGCAUGUAAAGCCAUAAAUAUAUAUAUAUAUAUAUAUAAACAUAUUAUAUAUGUGAAAACACUCUCACACACACACAAUUAUUUUUAU